UUCAUUAUCUGUGGCUAGUCAUUGUAAUGGUUGACAAUUUGACAUGUAAUAAAAUUUACGAAAUAAAUUCGUAAUAUUUUGAGUGUUUUUCUCCAAUAAUUAUGUGACUUUUCAGCUGAUUUACUUAUUAAUACUUUUCAUAAGUGGUUUAAGUAUUGUCUCUCAUUCAUCUUUUUUUAUAAUUUGAUCUAAAAAAUUAAGUGUUACAAUGGAUAAUUCUGCUAUACAAACAUUGGAGGCGGCUGCUCAGAUGUUGAUGGCACCACCACAAAUGGUGACAUCUGAGCAACGUCACCAAGCCGAGAGUGUAUUCCUCGAGUUUCGAAGCACCAAGAAUCCUUAUCAAUUGUGUCGAGAAAUUUUAGAGAAAUCUUCAUCAGAUUAUGUACUAUUUGAAGCAGCGGGAUUGUUGAAAGCUGCUCUCAUUAGAGAAUGGACACUGCUAACAGAAAGCGAUGUUAGCUCAUUGCGAGAAUAUUUACUAACGUAUUUAUUAAGGAAGGAGGCACCUCCAUUUUUAAGGGAAAAGCUUUUGCAGACAAUUGCCAUUAUUAUCAAGAGAGGCAGCAUUGACGAUGGUGGAAGAGAGAGGAAAAAUUUGAUUGCUGAGUUAGAAAAGAUUAUUCUAAGCUCACCAAUUAGCCAUCAAAAGUUGGCCUGCUCGCUUAUACUGGCCAUUAUGCAAGAAUUCGCUAUAACAGUUAAAUCAGCUGAUGUCGGCUUAAUUUGGGAGGUCCAUUUUAGACUGAAGAAGUCUUUUGAGGCAUUAGAUUUGAAAAGGAUAUUCAGGUUUACGGUAGGAGUUCUAGAGCAAAUUGUGCGUUCUGGGCUUAGACCUGAAGGGGAACAAGCUUUACUGACAAAACAAUUACUGACUAUUGUGGAAACAGUGUUGUGUUGGAGUCAUGUAUCGCCAUUACUGUCGAAAAGAUUAAUCGGCGCUUUUGAAGCUAUCUACGAGAGCGAUACCGCCCCUGCACUACGACUAAGCCUGAGCUGGCGAGAUACGAUAAUGCAACCUGAACUCCUUGCAUUAUUCUUUGAGAUACACAUGUAUGUCAGGUCCAAUCCUGACUUAGCUAGUCCGUCGCUCACUUGCUUAGUUCAGCUAGCUAGUCUUAGUGGGGUGGUGGUAUCCGCAAGUAACUUGAAACAGCAGUAUUUGGAGAAUUACGUGAACAGUUUCCUGAAUAUGAUGGCGUACAUACAGCCGGUUGAGAGAGAAAUGCUGGGGAUCUCUGAUAUAUACAGGAGAUUGAUCCAGUUCUUCUCGCCGGCGAUGAUAGCUGCGACGCCACCGGCAUUUCUCCAGAACCUGACGACGCUCACAUGUCAUUGUAUUAGAGGAUCAGUUAUUGAAGAAGGAGUAAAUGAUGACACAGUGUGGAGAGAGUCGUUAAACAAGUUCCUUCAUAGUUGGAGCUCAUUAGUCCACGAAUCUGAUGGUUACUCUAAUGAGACAUUAAUGAAUCCGUGUAUUGAAGUAUUCAAUACUUACCUACAGAGCCGACUGGCGCCACCUGAUGGCACUAGACCAGCGGACACGGAGGAAGACAUCAAGGAUGAGUUGGAAGAGGACGAGCGUAAACUACACAGCAAUGUACUGAUGACCAUCGGGGCUAUCGCUCGCAAGGCGCCAGCUCACUGCUGCCAUGUGCUCUUUACCUUACUACAGGAUCGGAGUAAACGGUUAGAGAGUCAACUGCAGUUAAUGCAUAUGGGGAAACUGCCAAUCAGUGGAGGAGGUCACUUAGUUACCUUGUUUGAAGAUCUGCACUGGAUACUCAUGAUCACAGGUCAUUUCCUAGCAGUAGAUUGCACGGAAGGCGAGACAGUGAUGAUUCCCUCGGAGAUCAUACAUUUUAGUUUGAGGGAGAACGCCAAUAUCGAUGCCUCACUUCGAUAUCUUGUUGGGGAAACGACAAACACUGAUAAUGUUGAUUCAGUUCUCAAGCUUAUUGGUGAAAUUAUGCGUAUAAAUGCAUGGGAAUGUGCAGCAUUAGAAGCUGGGUUGGGCAGUGUGUUCAGUCCAGAACUAUCUGCUACUAUUUCAUGGUUGCUCAAGAUAUGGGCCAACUCGUACUUGAUGCCACAGGCCUCUGUUUAUUCUGAGAUGUCUCCAAUCCUGGCGUGUGCGUUCGGUCGCGGGUCCCGCGGCGUGUCGUGGGUGGUGUCCCGGCUGGCGGGGCGCGCUGCCGCCUGUCUCAGGCACCACGCCGCGCAGCCCGCCGCCGCGCUGCACGCCACGCAGCUACUCACCACUCUGGCGCACUCACACCAUAAGCAAAAUCCGCUGGCGACUUGCGAAGAGUUCCUUGCACUAUUACAAUGGGAAGCGGCCGGAUGCAACUUACCGGGAGAGCUGAGGAAGGAAUUACAUAGAGCUUUCGCUAUCGCUGCUACUUAUGCUGAAGGUGACGUCCGAAAUCGUCUGUUGUCAAGCACAGUAUCGCUACAAGAGAAGCUAAUGAAUUUAAUAAAUAUGGAGUCGGACACUGAACCCGUUCGCAACAUGCUCGCUGAUACACUCGACUGCUUUAUUGGUAUCACUGAUGGUGUGCUUGAGGUCGGAACAAUGGACGAGCAAUUCAUGAUGUUAAUUGGUGCCUUAGACAAGAUACCAGGGAUCAUAUUUAGAUAUCACAACUAUCCCGGAGUAGUGUUGCCAGCUCUCAACUUACUCGCUAAAAGCGCUAAGAGAAUGCUACAUUCUGUACAGCCACAGAAUGUUAACAAAUUCUUGGAAAUAUGUAAUACGACAUUUGAAGUUUAUAUGAGGUGGAAUUCUGGGAAAAUAUCAAGUAUUCCACAAGAUGCUGAGGAAGAGGCGUACGAGGAUAUAUGCGCGCUGAUGGAGGUGAUCUGCAGCGUGGCCCGUUCGGGCGGCGCGGGCGACACGUGUGCGCGCGGGCUGCGGAUACUGCUGCCGCUGGUCACGCCGCCGCUGCUGGCGCUGCCCGGCCUCGCCGCCGCAGCGUACCGCAUGCUCCGGGACCUCGACAACGCAGACCAGCUUACGAAUCUGCCUAUAGACGACUUCAACAUGGUAGUCACAGCGUUACGCGUGGGACUCACAGCUGUAUCCUGCGACGUGUCGACUCUAUGCUGCGACACCAUUGUAGGACUGUCUAACAAAGUGCGAACCUUAGGCGACGACAACCCAUACGCACUCUCCCUGCUCACUCUAGCAGAGUUAUUACUCAUGCUCAUUAUUAAAGUGGAAAUACCUCCAGACUCGAUACCCGCUGCAGGGGCGGCGAUAUAUUCCCUCACUUGCGUUAAACCAGCGUUACUCGAGGGUCUAGCGCGACAACUCAUAGAAGCGUACGCUGUCAAUGAUCCCACUAACGUACCGCGACUAGAGGAAGCUUUCGGCGUCCUAACAAACGGAGUUCUCUUCGACGGCUUGAGGACUCACAAACUCAGAUUCCAAGAUAACUUCGACAAGUUCCUAGCGAGUGUACACGGUUUUCUUAUCGUGAAAUAAAUUAUUGUUUGCAGCCACAGUUUGCUGGCCAAGAAAAUAUUAAAAAUAUUAGCAUAGCUUUGCCGGCGACUAACGCCUUUUACAAUCCUGUCUCAAGGAUUUGACGCAGAUAAUGCGGUUUCGACGAUUCUAUAUUAUCGUUACGUACUGAAAGAGAACCAAAUUGGUGCAAAUGUUGUCUUCAGUUUUGUUUUGCAAGCGCGAUUGGUGCGACUCGAAUGUUUGAUAUAUUAAGUAGUUAAGUUUAUUGUUUUAAAGUCCUUCCCUGGGCUGUGUCAAAUGUAAAACACUAUUGUGUCUAGAUUAUAGUUUGUUAUGACUUACGACAUUUUCUUAAGUGCCAUUAGGAAAAAUGCAAUAUUGAUUUCGUAAUGUUGUUUUGGAAACAUAUUAUGGCCUAAGAUUGCACAGGGUGCUGUCGUUAAUUGACUGUACUGUCCAUGCAAUAUUAUUUCGUAAAUUGGAAUAUUUUUAUUUUAUAGUUUUGACGCUUGUUCUGCAAUCUUAUGUUCACAACGAAGUUAGUAUGGAUUUUUAUAAAUGUGGUUGUGAAUGAAAAUGCAGAAGAUUUACUGUGGUAUUAUAUAUUUCGUAGGAGUAAAAUGAUGAGUACACUUUUAGUACUUAUUGCUAGUUAGAGAAAUUGUGAUUUCUAUCGAGCUGAGCACUCGUAAACCGCAAUGAGUUUUAUUAUUGUAAGAGGAAGGUCCUUAGCACUUUUAUGUAUUUACUGCAGGUUUUACUCCGUCUUUAUAUUAAAUUAGUCAACAAAUAAAAUAUUGUCAUCUUGUCAAAUUGUUCUUAUAAAAUGUAGAUAAUAUUGAACUUUGUCGUAUAAACUUGAAAGCUUACAAUUUUUAAUACAUUGUUGUGAAAUUUUCAAUUUUAUUUAAGAAUUUUUGUAAGUGUAGGUACCUAAUAAGUACAUUAUUUUUAUUCUUUAGUCUGUUACAUUGAAAGUGUAAAAGUAAUUUGAAUAAGUACUUUGAAGUCAUGUCCUAAUUUUUUACUUGUUCAACAAUGGUUUAGUCAUAAUAUUUAAUUAGAGUAAAACAUUUUCCUAGCUGAUCAAAGCAGGCAGCGUUUUUUGAUAGUCCUGUCAGAUAAAGUAUAACUAGAUAUAGAAUAUAUUUGUUCUUUUUCAAGUAACAUCUUCUAAUAAUGUAACAAGAAUAUAUUUUCCUGACGUUAACAAAUGUAUAGUUACACUUGAAUCCACCUAGUAAUUUAUUUUUGUAAAAUAGAAUACUAGACGCUUUUACUUUACAUAAAUAGUAUUAAAUCUGUGCUUAUAUGAUGCUAAUAUGGUUAAUGUGUUAAUUUAAUAUUUCUUUAAGUUAACUUUCUAUUUUACAUGAUCAGACAUGACUUGUAUAAUGAAUAAUAUUUAUUGUACAGAACAGAAUUCCGAAGUAUUCUAGUGAUCUGUAUAUUUAUAGGGGAAAAACAUAUUUUCUUAAUGUAAGAAAAAACACCAGAAAAUUUCCUUAGUAUAAAAUUGUAAGUGCCCUAAAAUCUUUUAGAACACCUUUUAUAUAAUUUGUAUUUGUUUGAAUAUUACUGUACCCUUGGUAUGAGUUUGCUUUACAUAGUAAUCGAAACGAGAGCGCUUUCGGCGCUCUGAUUGGUUGGUUCAUUCGCACCGGCUUUUUUUCGUUCAACGUAAAGUUAACUCGUACUAAGGGUACUGAUGUCGUUCGGAAAACUUGGAUUUAAAAUACACACUUCUUUCAUUUAACUUCCAAUUCUUCGUAAAUUUUAUUAAAAGGUUAUUUAGUGUUCAAAACAAUUUUUGUACCCAAUUCGUUUGUAUAGCUAGGAGACAUUUUGUAAAUACUCAAAACAUGUUUUAUUACCCAUAAAAGGGCGCAUAUGUCUUCUUUUUGAAAUUGUCAGUAUCAAUUUAAUUAAACUGUACAAAUUUUAUAAAUUAUAA